ACUCCGAACUCUGCUUCGUUGGACACACUGCCCCACGAACUCUCAGUUCCAGCGCGGAGUGGAAUUGCUCCGCUGCUUCUGAACGUCACGUUGUCGCCUCGAUAUCUUUCUUUGAGCUCGAUUUGCGAUGAAGCUAUUCAUCGAAAUCGAAAUCAGCCCCGACGAAAUCCCCUUAGCGAAUGAGUUGUUCCGGACUUUGAGAUCCCUGACAGAACAUGUCCGGACGCGAGAUUUACCAAAGCUCUUCCGAAUACUAAUAGCGCGGCUGGAAGAUGGCAAUCAUUUGGACCAAGUCGCUGCUGAAAUCACCACACUAUUAUCGGAGAACGGCUGGUCUGAGACUAUUUAUGAUGAUCUCUUUGGAGCUUUCACGUCUGUAGUAUUCAAUCAGGAACUUGUUGUGCGACAACAGAGUGUUGUGCCCUUUAUGCUUCUUCUACCAAGGCUACCAGAACCUGCCCAGACUAAAGUACGGGAUGCACUUCUACCUAAGGUGUUGAAGCAUCUAACGGUGAAGAGGCCUGUAGAGGCUAGUCGCAUGGAUUUCUUCAAUCAUGCGGAAGCUUUUGCGGCAUUAGUGAAUUUAGAGUUUGUAUCGACUAGUGGGGCUAUCACAACUAUCAUUGCUCUUUUGCGCAAACCAGAAAAUCGGUGUGCUGCAGUUACUAUGCUGGGGAAGACAGUGGAAUUAUGUCUUCCACAGCUGACGGAGAAAUGUGAUCCAAAUGCGCUUGCUGAACUAAACGCUGCCUUACAAAAUGUGACAGAAGAUGCAUUUAAGUAUGAUAUAAAUUACAUUGAGGACAGUAUGGGUUGGAGUCGGCCGCAACCACCAGUAUCUCUAGAUUCCACCAGAGUUUCUUCAUUACAGUCUUCAGUUGAACCUAAGAAGGGCCUUGUGGAUGGACCAACAGGACUUUAUGCUGUAGAGUCGUUUCUUGGUCAUCGACAAACUGUUUUUGCCAUGGCUUUUGAUGAUAAACGAAAUCAAUUGAUUAGUGGAGGAAAAGAUGGAACUCUUAUCGCAUGGACAACUGAUGGACAGAUAUCAGAGACCGUGGAAAUGGCUCGUCAUUAUGCUUGUUCUAUGGAUAUCCACCCUUCUUUACAAACACUUCUCGUUUGUGGAGUCGCGAAGGAGGAAGCUUCAGGUCCAGCCGGAUCUCGAUUACUACCGCCUCCCUGUAUAGUUAGUUAUGGCUCAAAUGGUCGUGGUUGGAAAGAGCAAGGUUUACUAUCCAAGGAAACCUCAAAAUUGGUAUCUUGCAUAAAGGCUAUGGGCGGUUCCGAGCACGCAUUCGUCACGGGAGAAACAGUGCACACAAAUGGAAUGGAAGGAGGUGGACAGCGAUUAGAUGAAAGAGUAUGUUACUAUGAUAUCCAAAACUCUUCAUCUUUUUCAUCUUUGCAACCCGUGAGACAAUACGCAGAGCACGAGGACUUGAUCACUUGUGUUUGUUUGUUUCCUCCGAAUUCGAAUUUAUUUUUAUCCGGAUCACGCGACUUUACUGUCCGUGUUUGGGAUCGUCGGGUUGACCGCUGUAUUGGUUUGUUUGGAACCGUGGGAAAAUCUGGAAGGCUUCAAGCACAUGAUGCUAUGAUUACAUGUCUUGAUGCAAGUGACACGAACAUGAUUCUGUCAGCUGGAAUGGACACGCGUAUACUUCGAUGGGAUUUUCGAACUUUGAGUAAUCAGGGGGGAUGUGGACCUGUGUCAACCCUGCAACUGGAUGAUAGUGCAGUGCUUAAAGUGGCGUUAGGUGGCAGCCCUAGCACAGCAGCUGUUAGCACACUCCGGGGGCUCUAUCUGGUGGACUUCGCUCUUAGUCGACCCAUAGCUCGGUUAGCAGAUCCCUUCAAAGACAAUCGCCGCAUAGGAAGAUACCAUGACUUAAAGUGGGCUGGAAAUCGAAGUAUCUUGUAUGCAGCUGGUGAUGACAUGCGCAUAGACGUUUACUCGCUUCGGUAGAUCAUGACUGAAGGAAGUUUAAAUCAUAUUGAGACCCAGGCCAUCGCCCAGGUAUGAUUGUUCCAAAUAUAACUGCAUUCUCGAUCUCAUCUGCAAUGCUGUGUUCUCUGGUUCAAAUUGUACUUCUCAGCAAGUAUCGUCAAGUUUGAACGAUCACAGAUAAUUGGAGAGGUCACAACCAGUUUGUGCAGAAGAGCGGGUCGUUUUGUCGCACUUAAUAACCUGUCAGCAACUACAAACGAGGCGACUUUGGGCCAGGGUGAGAGCUUGCCGAACUGUGACAAAGCUGCGCAAGGCAUAUUUGAGAAUCUUCUGCAGCUUUUGAUGAUAUUAUCAAGACCUGAACUGCAACGUAAGAACAGGGCAAGUGGAGGACUGCGGAACAAAUGGUGAUGGUUGCUGGAACAUAUGAUUAUCAUCGCCUAGGAUUUUUCAACUUCUGCAAAGGCCUUCAUACGGUUAGAGAGUUUGUGGCACAGGCAUUCUUCUACAAGUGAGUGCAGUUAGCUGCUUCUGGUGUUAGAUGCUUGUAACAUGACUACCAACAUGUCCAAUCCCUCGCAUCAGCCUUUAUUCACGAAUCUCCUCAAUAUGAGCAUUGACUUCCGAUGUUCUUUGAGACGGGCACUGAAUUGCUGUAAUGAAUCGUUGUAUUGAAUUGAUUUCAUAUUGAGUUUUAUCAACGAAAUCCACCCAACAACGGAAUCUUCUGGUGGAUUGUGCAAGUCUACUCAGCACAUCAGCUACCCCAGAGGUCCCGAACAUCUGCAGAUUUCAAAACUUCUGUCUCUUCAUCACGUUUGAUUUUAAGCUUUUCUAGAUACUUGCAGAAAUAGGCAGGGUUAUGUCGAGUGCAUGUACUUGGGGUAGUAUCUCAUUUUCAGUCUAACUGGUAUUUCCUGCAUAGAAAGCAUAAGACGAUGAAUAAUUCAGUGAGCCGUCAUCUACUUUUAGAGACAAAAGGCUCUGACUUCGAAAUCUUAUGACCGCGAAGUGCUUUCAAAUUAUUUAAGAUGUAUCCGUUCAUACAGAAGCAGUGUAUGAACACUCCUUGUGAGGUUUACAGUGACUAUCGUAAAUGCAAAGAUAUAGUUCAAUGUUCUCGAUAUGCUACGUUAUAUUCUUAAUUAGUCGAUUAGCUUUUUUGACUCAUCGCUUUC